AUGGGAGUGGUCGAAUCCGCACUUGCGCUCGGCACCGUCGCCGCCGCGGGCACCGUCGCCGUGGGCAUCGUCGCCGUAGGCAUAUACCUGCUGGUCCGCCAGAUCCGCAACGCCCAUAGGGACGGCAACGUCAACCCGAACCCCACCAUGGAAGAGAUGGAGGAGCUCUUGUCCGAGGACGAGAGGCGCAGGGCGCGCGCAGCCGCGCCGGGCACGCAUGAAGGCCUGCGGCAGCGGCGCCCGCGCGCGGAGCAGGAGCGCGAUGAGGCGCAGGAGGAGACGCGGCAAGCGCGGGCAGGGCAGCAGCAGGCGGAGGCAGCGCGGGCCGCGGCCGAGCGCGCGGCCGCCAACGUGCGCGCGGCCGCGCGGGAGGCGGAGAGGGCGCACAGGCAGGGCAUCCGGCCCGUCAUCAUGCCGACGCGCGCGGAGUACGAGGCGACGAAGCGGCGGCUCGAGUACCGCGAGGGGUACUUCCACUUCGCCGUCGCGGGGGUCGCGGGGAGCGGCAAGUCGUCGCUCGUGAACGCCUUCCGCGGCCUGCACAACGGCGCCGACGACCCGCACGUCGCGCGCACGGGCGUCACCGAGACCACGGAGCGGAUCACGCGUUAUUUGGACCCGAACGAGGCGAAUCCGUUUGUGUGGUACGACAUCCCCGGCGCGGGGACGCUCAGCGUGCCCGACUGGCAGUACUUCAACGACCAGGGCCUGUACAUCUUCGACGCGAUCGUGGUCCUGACGGACAGCCGGUUUACCGCGACGGACAUUGCGAUCCUGCAGAACUGCGAGCGGUUCCAGAUCCCCUCGUACAUCGUGCGGUCGAAAUCGCUGCAGCACAUACAGAACGUCUUGAACGACAUGCCACGUGUGAGGUACGAGGAAUUCGAGACGCGCUGGGAGCGUGCGCGCAGCAAGUACAUGGCGGAGACGCAGAAGAAUGUCAGCGCAAACCUGCUGCAAGCGGGGCUGCCGCCUCAGGCGGUGUACAUGGUCGACAAAGAGGUUUUGCUGGAGAUUGCGGAGGGGAAUAACCCAGAGGAGACCAUCGACGAAUUUCGGCUGGUGGAGGAUAUGCUGUUGGAAGCUAGGAACAGGAGAGUGGACGCGUCGAUGAUCCCAGAUGCCUUGGCUGUGACCACGUACCUAAACAUUCAGUUACUGCGGAUACAUGAAAUAAGCCCUUCCCGAGAGAGAGACUCUGCUGCAGUCAGCCCCAUUUGGAGCGCACAUUCAGCGCAGUGGCGUUUGGCACUUUCCUCCAUCUGUGGCGAUAACGGUCAUGCCACCGCGGGCGCCAGACUGCUCGAUGUUACUCCUAUCGGUGGGCGCACUGGCAUGCGUCCUGUCGCACUUCAAGCUUCAGAUCUUCAGAUCUCGGACCUGGCAGGCGUAGAGUGGGAGCGUCGCGCGGGUAGGACCGCCGGCUAUGGGGGGCGCUCCGAGUCGAGUGUGAUGCAAGACGCAGCGGCCGGCCUAGGCGCAAGAGCUUGGACACCGAGGUGCUCGAGCGGCGGUCUGGCCCAGCGCCCGGCGAGUCUCCCCGCGCGAUGGGCGAUCUGGAAGGCCUCCAGACUCUUUGAGACGAAGGGGGCUUUGAUCGGGGCGUGUGGCCUGACGGAGGCGCUGCACGCUGCCGGGUUUGGCAUGCGGCAGGCGGCUGAAUUUUCGCGGAGGCAUACGGGUCCGCGGACAGGCACCGUGUGUGAGAUCCGGGGCGGCGGAGGAGUGCCGGACUGGGCUGCCCUCGAACCUGCUGCAUGCAGAAGAGACGUGCACGGUAGCAGUGCACGGGUCGCGGGGCGUAUAGACGGCGGAGUUACUUGCGAAGUGAACGCGGCCGCGGGCCUCGGCGCGGACACGCCCGUGCGCCCGAUGAGCCGCCAGGACGCGCUCGCGCGCAUUGAGGAGCUCUCGCGGCAGCGCCCUGCGUCCGCCCAGGGGCAGGCGCUCGCGCAGCCGCAGGCAUCUGCGUCAACGGGCGCUUCUGCGGCUGCGGCUGCAGCGAGUGCCGCGCCGGGCCCAGGCGAUGCGUUCGGUGGGGACGCGUUCAUGCUGAGCGGCGCAGACGGCACAGGGUACACGCAGGGCUCGCUGACGCACGAGGGCCUGCAGGUGUUCACGGUGGGCCAUCUGAUGCCGAAGAGCACGCUCGACGACGAGAAUGGUAACUGGGCGUUCGACGCGGCGGCGCUGAGCGGCGUCGUGAUGCCCACGCCGCAGGGCAUGGGCGGCGACCCCGAGCAGGAGGACGAGGGGAGCCCGAAGGCGCCGUAUAGUAUAAGUGCGGCGCAGGCUGCACAGGCCCGCGCGGGCGCGUACGCAGAGGCGCAGGCGGCGGCGCGGCCGGGGAGCGCACAGAAGCUCAGGGUGCGGCGCUCGACGUACGUGCCCGGGUGGGCGGUCCCGCCGCGCGUGCUGCUGGUGGACGACGACGCGGUGAGCCGGCGGCUGUCGAGCAAGUUUUUGCAGGUGUUUGGGUGCACGAUCGACGUGGCCGUGGACGGCGUCGGCGCGGUGAACAAGAUGAACCUGGAGAAGUACGACCUGGUGCUGAUGGACAUCGUGAUGCCGAAGCUGGACGGCGUCUCAGCGACGUCGCUGAUCCGCCAGUUCGACCACAUGACGCCGAUCAUCUCGAUGACGAGCAACUCGAAGCCGAACGAGAUCAUCAAGUACUACUCGUCCGGCAUGAACGACAUCCUGCCCAAGCCGUUCACGAAGGACGGGCUCCUGGACAUGCUCGAGAAACACCUCAUGCACCUGAAAGUCAUUCAGACAAUGUCCAAGGUGCCGCGCAGCCUCGGCAUCCCGCCGCUCUCGGACAGCGGGUUCGACCAGGCGCUGACGAUGCAGGCGUCGACGUCCGUCGCGGACGCCGCGGGCGGGUUCCCGCUCGGCCCGCUCGGCGAGGACGAGGGGAAGAUCAACCCGCUCGCGGGCAUGGGCCUCACGGACGAGCAGUACACACUCAUCCUGCAGCAGAUCGUCAGCGGCGAGUCGUUCAUGGGCAUCGGCCCGCUCGACGCCGGGGACGCGGGCGGCGCGGGCAAGCGCACCCUCGACGACGCGGGCGACCCGCGCAGUGCGAAGCGCAGCCGGUUCGAGGUGGUCGAGUGAGCGCGCGCGUGUCCCCGCGGUGCACCCGCCCUGCCCGAAUACCCAGACGUUAACUUAUUAUCGGAUGAUAGCGUCGGCCGCUUGUGACGCGCUCCUCGCUCCUCGCCCCUCGCCCCUCGGACCCUGCGCGUGCGCGCGGCUGCACGCCUCGACGCGCACCGCCAAUACCUUCCGCCCCUCUCGUCCCCCU